UCCCUCUCUCUCUCUCUCUCUCUCUCUCCCUGGUACUGGUAACGCUGCUCAAAACCGUACAUACACAAUCCAUGCCAUGUCUUUCUGGACGUCCCUGAAACGAUCGCAGCCGCCGAUUCAACGCCUCCCAGCAAUCCACCGCUUCCAACACCGCCCCUUCUCCACCCCACCACCACCUUCUCUCAUUAUCCCAAGCUCCGACACCGAUUCAAGCAGUUUCAACUCUUUCCUGAGAUGGAUAUCGGGCAUCGCGGUGGGCUCCACUAUCGGCGUGGCCGGGUACUGGUUCUCUUCCUACGCCCCGAUUUGUCCGGAUAAGUCGGCGUUGUCUUUCGCUGACUGGUCACCGGUUGCUACUGCGGAUGUCUCGGUUGAUGAUCAGCCUUCGAACCCUAAGUUUCUCUUUGGAGAUGCAUAUAGGAGAAAGGUUUUCUUUAACUAUGAGAAACGCAUAAGGAUGAGGAGUCCUCCUGAAAAGGUUUUUGACUACUUCGCAUCUUUCCGGACAGCAGAGGGAGAAAUUUUUAUGACACCAGCAGAUCUGAUGCGGGCUGUGGUUCAUGUUUUUCCUCCAUCUGAGUCACACCUUGUAAGAGAUGGAUAUCUUAGAGGGGAAAGGUCUCCAGGCGACCUGCGGUGUGCUCCUUCAGAGUUCUUUAUGCUUUUUGAUAUGAACAAUGAUGGGCUAAUAUCUUUCAAAGAGUAUAUCUUUUUUGUUACGCUCCUAAGCAUCCCAGAAUCAAGCUUUUCAGUGGCAUUUAAAAUGUUUGACAUUGAUUGCAAUGGAGAGAUAAAAAGAGACGAAUUCAAGAACAUCAUGGGUUUGAUGCGAGCUCAUAAUAGACAAGGGGCUCUUCAUAGGGAUGGACUUCGAGCUGGAAUAAGAGUAGGAAGUUCUGUAGAAAAUGGUGGCCUGGUGGAGUACUUCUUUGGCACUGAUGGCAAGAAGUGUCUCCGACAUGAAUCAUUUGUCCAGUUUUUGAGAUCUCUACAUGAUGAGAUGGUUAGGCUGGAGUUUGCUCAUUAUGACUACAAAUUACAUGGAACAAUAUCAGCCAAGGAUUUCGCUUUAUCCAUGGUUGCUUCUGCUGACAUGAAGCAUUUGAACAAGUUGCUAGAUCGUGUUGAUGAAUUAAACGGAUCAAAUCUUAGUAACAUACGUAUUACUUUAGAAGAAUUCAAGAAUUUUGCAGAGCUGCGGAAACGACUGCAACCGUUUUCUAUAGCCCUUUUCAGUUAUGGAAAAGCAAGCGGUUUGUUGACAAGGAAAGAUUUUCAACGAGCUGCUUCCCAAGUAUGUGGUGUUUCUCUAACUGAGAAUGUUGUUGAGAUUAUUUUCCACGUUUUUGAUGCAAACCGUGACGGAAGUUUGAGCUCAAACGAGUUUAUUAGAGUUUUACAUAAGCGGGAAAGGGACAUUGCUCAGCCUACAGAGGCAGGACUGCUGGACUUCCCGUUAUGCUGUUGGAAUUGUGGAAAUAACUGCUCCAUUGCUCGGUUUCUUGCGUAGUUGAUUUUGGUUGCUCCUGAAAUUUGACACUAUGUGCUUGACAACGUCUCAGAUAGUCAACAUCUUUCUUGUACAGGGAGAGGCAGUUCAAGAAGGUGCUUAUCAGACAGCUUCAAUAGUUUUGGAGGUACCAAAUGUCAGCCCGCCUUUGAAUAUCUGCUAGAUUUAUGUUUGGAAUAAUUGUUGUAUAGCUCGUGUCGGACAAUCUUGGUGCUUAUUUUUUCCCUUUCUUUGUUUCUCUCUUUUUUCCCCCACCUGAUUGUGUGGAUGUAGAUUUGCUGGAACAACCUCCAUGAGAAUUGUAAAGUUGAAUAUACCCUGUCUGUACAUAGCUUUGACGUACAGCCUGAAUAUAUGACUCGGGGUUGUUAACUGGAGAAAUCAUGAAUGAACUUUCCUAAGGGAAGGGAAUUUUGUUA